AUGGUGAGACGGAUGGGAUGGGGGGGAACAAAGGGGCAGCAAGAGAGAUGGGGGGAGCUAGGGCCAGGAGCUACACUGUUAUCCCCUUUGCUCCCUACUUCUCGAUGUCUGGGACCUGGAAGGGGUAGGAUCUCUGUCUUCUCUAUGUCUCCAACUCCCUACACAAGAAACUCCCCUUCCCUGUUUCUUACUUCCAACUCACGGCCCCUUAGCUCAGCCAGGACUUCAGGGGUAACUCAGCCCCACAUCAGUGACCUCUCAGCUCCAGAAACCUCUUCCCCUCAUGGGGAGUCUUCUGGGACCCCCUCCUCUGCUCCAUCUGGCCUAAGAUCCUACUCUACCCCAUGCUUGGCCUCGGUGACUCCCCUUCCCUCACAGUUGUCCCUCCAGAGCUCCCCUGGGCUGCGGAUGGGCCCCUUGAUCCCAGAACAGGAUUACGAACGGCUGGAAGACUGUGACCCUGAUAGGGACUGUGACAACGACCAAGACUCACCCCUCCCAGGAGACGACCAGGAACCCCUGCUCCAUGUGCCAGAGGGGCUCCGGGGCUCUUGGCAUCACAUCCAGAACUUGGACAGCUUCUUCACCAAGCUCUAUAACUACCACCAGCGGAAUGGCUUUGCCUGUAUGCUUCUGGAGGAUACCUUCCAGUUGGGACAGUUCGUUUUUGUUGUUACCUUCACUACCUUCCUGCUCCGCUGCGUUGAUUACGAUGUUCUCUUUGCCAACCGACCUGUUAACCAUACACGGCCCAGUGUCCCUGGCCCCGACCGCACCUCUGGAAUCCUUCAGGGCAAGGUGACCCUGUCCGAUGCUAUCCUGCCUGCUGCCCAGUGUGCACAGCGGAUACGCUCCAGCUCGUUCCUGAUCUUCCUUUUGUUCCUGGCCUCAGGGUUUUGGUUAUUCCGUCUUCUUCGAUCCCUCUGCAACCUCCUGAACUACUGGGAUAUCCGAACAUUUUACAGGGAAGCCCUGCACAUUCCCCCAGAGGACCUUAGCAAGGUGCCCUGGGCUGAGAUACAGUCUCGUCUCCUGGCCCUGCAACGUGGUGGGGGCCUUUGUGUGCUGCCACGGCCUUUGACGGAGUUAGAUGUUCACCACCGCAUCCUGCGCUACCCCAACUACUUGGUGGCCCUGGCCAACAAGGGCCUGUUGCCAGCCCGUUGCCCACUGCCCUGGGGAGGCAGUGCUACUUUCCUCAGCCAGGGACUGGCUCUCAAUCUUGAUCUGCUCCUUUUCCGUGGUCCAAUUUCACUCUUUCGUGGGGGCUGGGCAUUGCCCAGUACCUAUAAGCGGAGCUGUCAGCGGCGGGCUCUGGCUACUCGUCUUCGCCGGACUCUGCUGCUGUUGGCACUGGCCAAUCUGGCUCUUUGUCCACUGGUGCUGGCUUGGCAGGGGUUACAUGCCUUCUUCAGCCAUGCAGAACUGCUACGCCGGGAGCCUGGGGCAUUGGGGAUGAGACGCUGGUCCCGCCUGGCCCGCCUACAGCUACGCCAUUUUAAUGAACUGCCCCAUGAGCUUCGUGCCCGUUUGGCCCGAGCCUACCGCCCUGCUGCCCGCUAUUUGCGGGCUGCUGCGCCUCCGGCCCCACUGUCAGCCCUAUUGGCCCGCCAUGCUGGUUUCUUUGCUGGUGCCUUGCUAGCUGUCCUGUUGGUGCUCACUGUGUAUGAUGAGGAUGUGCUGGCUGUGGAACAUGUGCUGACUGCCAUGACAGGGCUGGGUGUGGCGCUAACUGUGGCCAGGUGCUUCAUCCCGGAGGAGGAGCUGUUGGGCCGCUCCCCAAAGUCCCUGCUGCAGGCAGCUCUUGCUCACAUGCAUUACCUCCCUGAAGAGCCAGGACCAACCCGGGAAGCCAACUCUCACCACCAGAUGUCGCAGCUCUUGCAGUACAAGGCUGUCUCUCUCCUAGAGGAGCUCCUCUCUCCAGUCCUCACACCCCUUGCCCUCCUCUUUUGGUUUCGCCCUCGUGCCCUGGAGUUCAUCGACUUUUUUCGGCAUUUCACUGUGGAUGUGGCUGGGGUUGGGGAUGUCUGUUCGUUUGCUCUCAUGGAUGUGAGGCGCCAUGGCCAUCCCCAGUGGCUCUCGGCAGGACAGACAGAAGCCUCAGUCUCCCAACGUGCAGAAGGUGGGAAGACAGAGCUUUCCUUGAUGCGUUUCUCGCUGGCCCACCCUCGCUGGCGUCCACCUGGGCACAGCUCCCGAUUUUUGGAACAACUUCGGGACCGGGUACAACAGGAUGCUGCUCUCUGGGCUGCCACUCCAAUCCGUUCCCCUCCCACACCUGGUCAAGGUCCCAGCUUUCUAAGUGACUCCACCACAUCUUCACCGGAGGCACUCCUGACCAGCCUGCUGCUACAUCCUCUUCUGCCACCCCGGGAAUUGAGUCCAGUUGCUCCCUGCCCAGCUGCUGCAACUGCCAGCCUUCUGGCCUCCCUCUCAGGUUCCACGUGCCAGGCUGGCCACGAUCAGAGUUGUGUAUCUCCAGGGGGCCCUGGGCUCCAGAACCCUGCCCUGCUCUCAGAGCUUGCCUCUGCUGAGAUGAGUCUUCAUGCCAUUUACCUGCAUCAGCUCCACCAGCAGCAGCAGCAAGAGCAGUGGGGGGAAACUUCAGCCACUCCACUCCCAAGGCUCUGGCCCAGUCCCCAGAGGCCACUCACCCCUGAAGAUGAGACCCUGACGUGGCACAGUGAUGGUACCUCUAGCUCCAGCUCUAGCCCCAGACAACAAUGGGGGCCCAAGGGAGCCAGAAAUCUACCCCUUGGGGGGUGGCAAGAGGAGAGCAAUAUUCAGAAGGGGCCACAGCUCAAUCCCAGCAGUGGCUGAGAAGUCAACCAAUGUGGUUCUCCAUGUCAGUUGGCUGAGCAAAGUUGGCAAGACAAUUAGCCUUCAUCCGCUGGCUCUUAUGCAAGCCGUCUUAGCUCACAGACACCUGGGGUUGAUGCCUUCAUUCCUUCUUGGAAGUUGGCAGGCCCUUUGGGGGAGGGUGGGAAGCCUUGAGCUAGCCCCAGAGAACCAAAGUGAGGGUGUGGGGGGUGGGCCCAGGGGGAGAAACUGGGGAAAUCUCCUGACACAAGAUGAAAGGAGGGGGAGCAGGAGAUACCUCAUCCAGCACCAAGCAGAUGGUACCUCCUGACCCUGACAGUGAGACAAGAGAAGCCCCAUUUUCAUUACCAGACCCUCUCUGAAGGGUGGAUCCCAGGGCAGGGUCAUGAUGGUAUGCAUGGCUGGAGUUAAACUGCUGGCCCUAAUCAGGCACUGGCCCUAAGGGGAGGGAACGCAAGCUGGGGCUGCCUUAGGCGCCAGGUCUCCUUUCCUGAUGGCACUGUGCAGGGCAGGCGGGAGGGCACAGGUUGGUUGCAGGCGGACUCCUGCUCAUGCAGCCUGUGACGGUGAGGGGCAGGGAGCUGCCUCUGUAAUAAAGCACCAAGGUCUCUAUCACCUCUCUGUGGCUCUGUGUCCCCAUCCCUGCGAAGAGCUUCUGGCUGCCCCGGCUUCCAAAGGAGGCACUGAGGCCCAGUAACAGGCCCGGCAUUGGCCGAAAGCCUUGUGUCAGAGAAGGCUGGGCAUGGGGACGCGAGCACGGCAGCUACAACACUGUGCCCGGAGUUUUACGGGGCUCGGAAGGCUCCUGGUCUGGCUCCAGUCCUGCCUGGCAAUGCGGGGCAUUCCUUCCAUGGGAAACAAAGGUUGCGUAUCCCCGGGGAAGGGCAUAAUGACGCCCAACCGGGAAGGGGGCUUAAAGGCCAUCCAGGCCAAGCCCCUCCUGAUGCGGAAGAGGCACCCAGAGUCAGGGAAGGCGGUGGGGCGCAAGU